GCCACCUUAAAUAACGGUUCUAUCCCUCCCCUCGUAUCCAGCCUUCUCUGUACCCAGUAACAAUGGCUGCUAUGCUAAACCUCCAAACCACAACCGUAUACUAUCUCUUAUCUUCAUCUCUAUUGAUUAAGAAGUUUCCUCCACCGCAAUUCCAAUGCACACCGCUAUCAUUCACCAGAAAGAGAUCUGUAUUCCUCUCGCCUCCAUAUCCUUCUCUCCACAACGUAUCCCACCCCUCGGCCCUGGUAAAAGACCAGGAAGAACCAGUCAUCGGGGAUUGUGUGGUCUUCGAAGAAGGUGUUUUCGACGAUCCUUUUUUCCAUCAGAAAAUGGUUGAACCCCUAAGAAGACGCGAUGUCUCUAGACAGAGGAGCAAUUCGGGCAAAGUGGAGCCCGAGAAUCUCAUUCCGGAGGACUGGGCUGAUGUUCAAAAGGAAAUCAAUAUUACGAAGAAGGAAAAGAGGAGGCUGGCGAGGGAAUCAGAAUUCGGUAGCCGCGUGGAGAAGAGGAGGAUUGGGCUGAGACCAAUUGGCAGGGCUAGGGCUGACGUAAAGGAUUACUCGAGAGUAGUAGAAGAAAAGCUGAAGAAACUAAAACCAAUUGUACUUGAUAAUCCCGUGUUUCCUGAAGCGGAAGAUGAAGGAAAUUGUGAGAAAAGUGACGAAGAGUGCUCAGUUUCAAGUGUCUCCAAUACCAGAGUAGAGCCGAGGAACCCUAGACAAGCUGUGGAUGGUGCUGAUUUGGAUGAUAUAAGAGAGUUCUUCAAUGGAGAGAAUUAUGAGCCUAGCUGCAAAAGUAAAUCAGAAGAAGGGCGUACUAUGUUAUUGUCCAAGACUCAAAGGAGGACUUCUCAUGAAUAAGGAAGGUCCCUGAUCUGGACGCCAGUUGCUACCUCUGGGAGUUCCCAACUUUUCAAUUAAAUAGCCUAAUUGAUUGCUUUAAUUCACAUGUUCACUGUAUAAUGUAUAUUAUUCCUUAUAUAUGGCUAUGAAAUGCUAGAGAAAAGCCUAACAUAACCGGUUACAUUGAACAAGCUUUAUUUAUAAAAAAACAUGUAUUCUGUUAAUUAACUCCGAUUGGCUUGAUGCAGUGUACGUACCAGUGAUGCUUUAUCACUUAC